UACAAACAUUUACAAUUAGGCAGGCGUUCUGUUCUCUAUAAAUUCUUUCUCUUUAUAAAAUCUUUCACACAGUUGUUGUGCAGUAGAUUCAGUAUCAUUGGUAUAUUUUCAGCAGUACGCUACUUCCCCACCCUGUUCUGUUAGUGUCUCUCCUCUGUUUGCCAUGCUGUCUCAGUUGGAGAGAUCCAUGCAGUCCCUGAUCACGGUGUUCCAUCGCUAUGCCGACAAGGACGGUGACUGUAACACACUGAGCAAGAAGGAGCUGAAAGAACUCAUGCAGACAGAACUGGGCAGCUUCCUGAAGUCCCAGAAGGACCCAGCAGCCAUAGACAAGAUCAUGAAGAAUCUGGACCAGAAUGGUGAUGGGAUGGUAAACUUCGAGGAGUUUGUCUCUCUGGUGGUGGACCUCUCCAUCGCCUGUGAACAGAUCUACCAGCUCCACAUCAUGAAGGCUGCCGCUAAGAAGUGAAGGAGGACAGGACAAGGAGAAGCAGAGAUGGAUGCUUUUCUAUACGUCAUUUUGCUUUUCUAUACGUCAAAUAAAUCAUUUUAUAAAUAAGUCUUACUGUUGUGAAUAAACAGUGGCUUUCCCACUCUG